AUGCUAUGUUUGCUUCGAGGUUGUUCAAGAUUUCCAAGUAAUUUUCUGAGAUUUUUGCCAUCGCAAACGUUAAAGAAGGUAAUGAUCGGUACUUCGCAGUUUACAACAUUCAUAUUUCUUGAUCUUGAAACCACUGGAUUAAGAAAACCUGUGGAAAUCACUGAACUUUGCAUGGUGGCUGUGGAACGAAGUCAUAUGAUCGAAAGUACCAAGACGAAAACUAUUCCUCGUUUAAUCGAUAAACUUACAACUUGUGUUCGACCUACCAAGGAAAUUGAGCCGUUUGCUUCUUCAGUAACUUGUUUAUCAAAUGAAGACCUUGAAAACAAGAGAGGCUUUGACAUCGAACAUGGAAGAAUUGUGAAGUCAUUUAUUAUGAGACAACCUCAACCUGUUUGUUUAGUAGCACAUAAUGGCGAUCAAUUUGACUUCAAAAUUCUGGUUUCUCACCUAGAAGAUGUUGGAAUAACAUCACCUGAGAGUGUAUACGCUUCGGAUUCACUCAAAGCUUUUAGGAAGCAGCACAAAGAAGAGAAAUACGACACGAGUAAUAACACAGCUGAGGCUGGUGGCAAAAGAAAACGGUUUUCAUGUUCCCUGAGUAAUCUGUUCAGCACUUUCGUUGGAGGUGAAUUUGAGAAUGCACAUAGCGCCGAAGGAGAUGCUUUAGCUUUGCUGCGGCUUGUUAUUCACAAGCCAGAUGUCCUCGGUUAUUUAGAAAGUGGUGCUCAUAAACUUUCAGUUAAAGUUCCUACAUGUAAGGUGGCAUUGGAUGAAAAGGAUAUUAACCAAGUUCAAGAUGAAUAUCUUUCACAGUUGGAAAAGGACGGACUUUUUUGA